ACUCGAUGUUAAUUAGUGUGAGGAUAAGAGACUUGUUGGUGAAACAAAUUCAGCAAGUUUUUGAAAGCUGCUGGAGGCAGAACCUCUCAACACAUUUCAGAAGAACCUGGAUGGCCAAGCCUAUAGGAUGGAACAUCUUUUAAUGGCCAAGAGGUGGAGAGAGGGAAGAUUGCUGAUGGCAGAAUGGGGCAACUAGUUGUGCUACUGCCUCACAGCUAAUGCAGUGUGAAUCAAUCCUGACCUCUGGUGUGGAUUUGUAUGUUCUCCCCAAGACUGCAUGGUUUUCCACUGGGUACUCCGGUUUCUUCCAGAUGGCAGGAAAGGAUUGAAAAUGUCUCGCAUUCAUAUUGGAAUCAAUUGGAGAGUGUCAAUAAAUCUACUCCUGGUACGUGGUACAAGAACCUGGGUUCAUUGCUGACUUUGGAUGUUGUGUGUGUACAUGUCCUCUCUCUUCACUGUGAAGACUUCCUCCCCCAUCCCAAAAAUGUGCUGCCAAUGGAAGUCAUGUCCUGUUAUCUUGUAUAUGUGUGCUGAGCUGAGGAGCGCGGGAGGUGAGCAGAGAGGACAGACGUGUGAGGAACAUACGGGCUUCCUGGACAGCGGACACCGAACCUGGGGGGUUUGGAGGGUGGCCGGAGUCUCGGAAGGACGUUGUGGAUGGAAUCGGAGGCGUGAGCUCCAAUGUAUUAAAAUAUUAUGUGCACAAGACUGAUUUGAUUAAACUGAUACAAUUCCGUUGGAGACAAUAUCAUAUUAGAGACGAUAUGUCCUGGAAGGACUGAAGUACUUAUCAGCACAAAUGAGUAAUAAGAAUAAAAUUCACAUUUUCCUUGGAGCACCGGCCAUUCCGACGCAGCAGAAACCACCAGCAGCUGAAGCAGUGAUUGAAGGAAGCUCUAAGAAGUGGCUUCAGUGCCACUUUUUGUAUGAUGCAGGAUCUCACACCACCAAAAACCGUACGACUGAAACCUCACAGAAAACCUUUGAGUGUCACAACGUUGUGGUACAGUUGGAAAACUAUGCCAGACAGUUUUCUUCUUCAAAGUGUGAAGAAGGAAUUGUAACAGCAUUCCAAGAGUGUUCUGGUGAAAGCCUUGAUUCCUCAAGGCUAGAGCAGAGACAGAGUGCCAGGUUGUCCCAUGAACAUCUCAGUACUAGAAAGAAGGGAGAACAGAGGGAGUUGAGCAACAAAAGACUGCUGUGUUUUGAAGGACAUCUCAAAACAGAUGAAGAACAUGUCAAUGAAUCCACCAAUGUACUUUGCACAGAAGAUGAUUUCAAGACACGUGAGUUUGACAAUAGACGUACCCAAAGCAAAAAAACUGAAACUGAAUCGCAGAACACCAACAGCGCAACACUACAGAACAGACUGUUGAAAGAAGAUGAUCAUGAAUUACCACAUGAGUUGCUGAUGGAAUAUCUGCAGGACACCUUUCCAAAUGAGGAACAGAAAUGUUAUUUCAAAUGCACAACAGUGAACCAAAGUUUAUCAACAGACUCUGAGUUCCUCAGUGUGUUGGCAGCCAGUCAAGCUGCUGUUCUUUUACAGAAAUGUUCAGAAAGUCAGUUUAAUUUAAAGACUAAACUGAAAACAGAUGCAACAGAUGCUGAGAUGCCCUCUCAGUUAAUGACAUCUACACUUUGGCCUGUUAGGCCUUCUGGACAAUGUGAGAGUGAGAUGGUGGGCAGACGAGCUGAUAAUGCAGAAAGUACCCUGGAGCUUUUCAACACAUUGAGUAACCAGCAAUUGUCUGCCAAUGGAGUUUUGGGUGGAAGGACAUUAGAGGGAUCAGAACUGCUCUUUACUUCCAUCACUGAUAGGUCUGAAGGUGAGGAUGAGAUUAAUAUUGAGCCAUACAGUGGAGGAAUCCUGUGCUCUCAAGUUGUGAACUCCACCAGGUGGUCCUUUAAAAAAAUAGUGGAAAUAUCCAAGGGUCCUGAUGAGUUAAAUAAAGGAAUCCAGAAACCUAGAUCUCCAGAUUGUUUAGAUAAAGACCGGCCAUCACCCAACAGAAUGAAGACAAAAGAGAAAGCUAGAUCCCCAGACUGUUUAGAUAAAGACCGGCCAUCACCCAACAGAAUGAAGACAAAAGAGAAAGCUAGAUCCCCAGACUGUUUAGAUAAAGACCGGCCAUCACCCAAGAGAAUGAAGGCAAAAGAGAAACCUAGAUCUCCAGAUUGUUUAGAUACAGAUCAGCUAUCACCCAAGAGAAUGAAAUCAAUAGAGGAUAGGAGAACCUCUCAUCUUGGACAUUAUCUACAAGCAAUGAGGGUACAGUGGCCAACUCUUACACUUGGCUUAGUGGAAACAGAACAACUUAAGUGUUGCACUGACAGGAACAAGAAGUACCACAUUUUAGUCACGGUUCUCUUCUGCUGCCUCCUGAAGGAGAUAGAGAUCAAGUCAGGAUCACUGGCUGGGCGCAGAGUCCCCAUAGCAACUAUUGUGGUAACAGACCAAUCAGGAAUAACCAUAAAAGUCGUGUUGUGGCGAGCUGCUGCUUUCUGGGCACUGGCUACAUUCCCUGGAGAUGUCGUACUACUAACAGAUGUGACCGUGUACUGGGACCACUGGCAAGGAGAGGAGAUGCUGCAAUCCACCAAGGGGAGUAAACUGAUCAAUCUGGGACCCUGCUUGCAGAUUCAGGCUGUACAGUGGUCACAUACAGUGAAUGCAGUAUCACUGAAAGGUCUUAUAGCAUAUAUUUCCCAUCACCAUGCCCACCUUCUGACUCUGGGACCUACAAACCAUCAACAUUCAGACUCUAUGCAAUACGUCAGCCUCUGUGAUCUGCGGCCAGGUCUGGUGGUACAUGCACUACUUAAAGUCAAGCUCAUGACUGUGCUCACAGAGAACAUGUACACCUACAAUGGGAAGAAACAACAGAAGAUUGUGCUAACCGUGGAACAGCUCAAAGAUAAACCAGGCACACUGACUCUCUGGGGAAAUGCGAUAUCGUGGCAAUCUCUGAUUCAAAAGAAAUUGGACCAUGUCUGGGACUUCAGAAUCCUGCUAGUCUGUCAAAAUCCCAUCACUGGGGACUUGGAACUGCACACUACACCUUGGUCAUCAUGUGAGUGCCUGUUUGAUGACGAUGAAAGGGCCAUUGAGUUCAGAUCCAAAUACCAACCCAGCAAAAUGGCCUGUGUUAAAGUGAAGGACAUUUCAACACUGUUAUGUACCAGGCAUUCAGCAACUUUUGAAUUAAGGACACACAUAAUUGCAAUGAAGUGGAGUACGUUCUCUUCUCUUGAUCCCCUGUUCACGAUGGAUGCCUUCACAUCAGUGGAGACCACCUUGGCCUCUCUUUCCCAUUUAACAUACUCUGGCUGUAAAUCCUGUGGCAGUGAGCUAGAAUUUGAUGAAAAUGGCAUCUAUCAGCAGUGUAUUCCUUGCUUACCAAACAAUGCCCUGAAGAUUUAUUACAGGCCCACAGUGCUUACAUUAGCGGAUGGAAAUUCCACUAUAGAUGUUUUUGUCUCAUCCAAACUGAUGGAGAAAAUAUUCCUUAACAUUCCUCCCACCUGCCUACAAAAACCCAUAGGACCGUUUGGCAAGGUGACGUACGGCUUUGUAAUAGCAGAUUUGUGCUGCUCCUUGUUUACAUACCCCGGAGACUGUUAUGUACUGACUGUGCAAAGCCAGUUGCAGCUGGAUGAAAACAGCAUCGCCAUGAAGCAAGAUUUCUACCUGUUAGACUUCCAUCCUGACCUGUAGCCCGCUAACCUAGUGUAGAUACUUGCAUUGUGAAUUCAUAAUUUCUAUAUCUAGAGGGAGAAUGGGGAGGGGAUGUUUUGGUGGUGAGUCAUUGAGGAUAGGAGAAAAUUGGCUGUUAUAUUGUCUACAAGUCGUAUUGCAGCUCAGUGAUGCACUUUAACUGAGAACUCACGGAAAAUAAAUUUUCUAGAAUGAGCUACAGCUUGUUCUAUUCCUCUUAUUCAUUUUUGCAAUGGGAACAUCACUGGCAUUCAUUUACCAUCCCGAGUUGUGCUCGAGAAGGUGAUAGUGGACUGCCUUCUUAAGUAACUGCUGUGGGACAGUGCUAUUAAGGAAGGAGUUCCAAAACUUUGACCCAGCGAUGAUUGAGAAAGGAUGACAUAUGGGCCAUGGCUUGGUGGGGAACUUCGCAGAAACGCUGCUGUGCUAUGUCUUGUUCUGUAGGUGGUCUCAGUUUGGGCAGCAGUGCUGAAGAAGCCGUGGAUUGCAUCUUAUGCCAGAAUAUAGUGGCAGUAGUGGACUCUGAUUGAAAGAUGUAGAAGAUUUCAAGUUUAAUUCAGCCUGUGUUUGUUGCUCUCAGAAGUCUUUGCACGUCUGACUUGGCAAUAGACAGAAGUUGACCACAUUUGCUAGAAGUUAUGUGGUUACCAAUUUUUUCAUAAUAUAUUGCACAUUGUUGCAAUAACCAAAAUGAAAUUGUGGAAAGGUGUUGAAAUAAACUACUUCUGUUUCAUUUUAUUGGAUCCUUUUUAUUGUUUGUAAAACCUUUGGGUCUGGUGACAUAAGCAUUGUUUGACUGACUAGAAUAAUGCAAUUAAUAAAUUAGGCUCUGUUCACAGUAGAUUUAGAGAGCUAUAUGCCUUCCUACUAAACUUGUCAGACAAACAAUGCUGAAAAAUUAAGUUUGGGCAGUUGAAGGCAUUUGAUCAGCUGAAGCGCGAAUAAGGUUUUCAGGAGAGGCCUUUUGUUGUCAAAGUUAGUCUCAGCAGGUUUUUAAAUUUUCUGAGUAAAUCGGCAGAUAAAGAUAUUGACUGAGGUUAUCUUGUUCACGAGAUCAGUGUAUGAUUUGAUUUUUUUUCUGACUAUUCUAGAAAUGUGGUUCCACAGCUUCUUGGCUUGAACUUAAUUGACAUCCUGCUACAUACAGAGACUCAUGCUCUCCUUGUACAGCAAUGGAUUUAAUGAAUAUGGGAACAGUAAAUUAUUGAACAUUAAAACAUUCUCAAGGUGAGGCUGGACAACUGAAGUGUUUUAGGUCAAUCACCUGCAAAUCUUAUCUAUGUUAGUAGGUUGUAUCUCAGAUUAUAACCUUCAUAUUUUAGCAACAUUACUUACUGCAUUAGCUCUUAUUAAGUAAUGAGCACGUAUCCUUUGAAAAAAGGCUCCUUUAAGACUAUUGGGUAUCAGAGACUGACCUAUUGUAAGUCAGUUGCAUAUUGUUGUACAUAUUGUGUAGCUUUUCAAACCUGUUAAUCAAAUGACAGUUUGUGGAUUAAGGCAUGUGAGAUAGUGUGGUGGGUUCAUAGGUUUAAUGCUGAGUUAUUUAACUUGCCAACACAAGCUGAUGAAAGUGGGAAAAAAACAUUUAAAAAGGUCAGAUGCUUAUGAGUCAUAACUCUAUGAAUGUGACCUUGAAGGGGACAGGCUAUCAUUUUACAGGGUGAAAAAUUAUACAAGUUUGUACUCCCUUACUCACUCUUCCUUCAGUUAGUCCUGACGAAGGGUCUCGGCCUGAAACGUCGACUGCGCCUCUUCCUAUAGAUGCUGCCUGGCCUGCUGCGUUCACCAGCAACUUUGAUGUGUGUUGCUUGAAUUUCCAGCAUCUGCAGAAUUCCUGUUGUUUACAAGUUUGUACUGUUCAACAGACUCUGUGAGGUUUAUUUAUUUUAUUUUGAGACACAGGCCCUUCCAGCCCAAUGAGCCCAUGCUGUCCAAUGACACCCAUGUGACCAAUUACCUGCUAACCCACCUGUACAUCUGUGAAAUGUGAGAGAAAACUGGAGAAUCCGGAGGAAACCCACGCACUCACGGGGACAACGUAACAACUCCUCAGACAGCAGAGAUUGAAGACCACAUAAAGGGAACUAACCAAGAAAAAAAUAGAAUUAAAGGACAAGACCGUGAAGCGUUACAUUUAGAAAGACAGUACGAACAAAAUUGCAACAUCUAGACAGAGGCCUGCCAGGCCAAACAAACUGUUUUGCCACCAUUGUGGCAGGGGCUCACAUACACCAGACCAAUGCAGGUUUAAAGGUGAAAUGCAACAAGAAGGACACAUACAAAGAGCAUGUUGAGCAGACAAAAAUAAAUGGACUGCACGGGGAAAGAGAAAAAGAUAAAAAGUCUUGCAGUUUCAAAAAGAGCAUUAAUCUGCGUACAGUUGAUGAAAAAUCUGAUCAUGAUGACAGUGACACAGGACCGGAUAGCCUUGAUUUACAACGUGAAAGCUAACAAGAGACAAGCAAUAUGGCUUGCACCAGAACUGAACGGCAAAUUAAUUAAAAUAGAAUUGGACAUUGGUUCGGCUGUUUCAGUCAUUCCACAAAAUGGGUUUAUAGCAACAUUUCAAAGAUACUGAACUGAAGCCUGCAGAUAUCCAACUAAGAACUUACACUGGAGAAAAGAUAACUCCCAUGGGAAAAACAUUCAUGACAGUGAAAUACAACAAUCAACAAGCCACAUUGGGCUUGUAUAUGGUAAAAGUAGGAGGGCCAGCAUUGUGGGGCUGUGAUUGGCUGAGAACUACAAACUUGAUUAAAGAUCCAUGCCCAAUUUUCAUGCACAUCCCUUGCAAUACAGUCAACUGAUUGCCAAUUAAGAAAGGCAUUGGAUGAUGCCACAGCAGUGUUCAAAGUUGGCAUUGAAAAACUCAAACUUUUUUUUUAAGGGUAAAAUAAUGAUAAAUGGAAAUGCCAUGCCCCCAAGUUUUACAAAGCCCGUCCAGUUCCUUAUACCAUCCAUGAUAAACUAGCCAGUGAGCUAAAUCGCAUGGAGGCUGAAGGAACUCUUUCCAAGGUUGAGUGGAGCCCAUUGGCAACAUCAGUGGUCCCAAAAGCCAAGAAGAAUGGGUCUGUCAGGAUCUGCGGUGAUUUUACAGUCAUUGUUAACCCAGUAAUGAAAGUAGAUUAAUACCCCCGGCCCAGCAUGCUUUUUGUUUGUGUCCUACUUUGUUGCAUUUUCUGCAGGUUUUACCAUUAAACCUGCAUUGCUGUGGUGUAUGUGAGCCCCUGCCACAAUGGUAACACAAUUUUUUCAGCCAGACAGGCCUCUGUUUAGAUAAUGCAGUUUUGAUCAUUCUCACUUUCAUUCCUGAGUGCAACUCAACUGUGUCUCUGCUGUUUCCAUUGGUACAGCUAUUUCAAGUGCUCUUUUAAAUGUAGGUUGUGUUUCAGUUAGGAGCCAUUUGUAAAUGCUUUCUUGUAAGAUUCCUCAAAUUAAAUGAUCUCUCCAUGCAUCAUUAAGCCCAUCAUUGAACUGACAAUACUUGGACAAUUUCUUCAAUUCAGCCAUGUAAGCUGAAAUGGAUUUUCCCUUCCUUUUGACUCUGCUUAUAAAACCUAAAGUGUUCUGCACUCAUCAAUGGUUUCGAUUCUAAAUGUUCCUGCAUUACGGUCACGAUAUCAGCAAAGCUCAUUUUAGCUGAUUUGGUUGGAGCAGUUAAACUUCUAAGCUAACUGUAUGUUCUUCCCCCUAUUGCACUCAGUAACUCUGGCACUCGCUUUUCAUUGGCUAUUUCAUUCCUUCCAAAAUACUGCUCAAUUUGUUCAGUAUACAUCAUCCAUUUUAUCUGCUGCAGUCGAAGGCAUCUCUCUUUCCAAUGUAGCCAGCUAUUUAAGCUUUUUUUUAAUGAUUAUUAUCACCUGGUACUCAAGGUUUAUGACCACAUGAAUCUUGUCCUUUUUUGCCUUUUUUUUACUCAAAUGUCACUCUCCUCUCUCCCUUCUCCCCCCCGAAGAAAAAUGUGUUGUGUUUUUUUUAAUUGAACGUCUUGCUAUACUUCCUUGUUGCCAGUGUUAUAUUUUGUAACUCUAGAAACUAAUUGAAAGCACAGAAGAUGGGAUGUGUGUGCUUAUUUUCUUUAGUGAGGUGUUCACAUAUGAAGUAGUGGUGUAAUGCUGUACACCAUUUACAUACUUCUUACAUAUAGCCCAUAAUGAAUUAUGUGAACAAAAAAUGCUUAAUCAUUUUCAAUACUACAAUAUUACUCAAAUAUUAUUGAAAUAUUAAUUACACUACACUGACCUCGAGCAAUAUGCCUCACCUGUCAUUGGCUUCAUCAGUAAGUGUGUAGAUGACAUUGAUGCCUCAAGAACAGCCAUCUCACGGCCCAACCAAAAGCCCUGGCUGAAUGCAGAGGUACAACCCCUACUAAAAGCCCAGGACAUUGUCUUCAAGUGCAGGACAGAACUGCUCUCAGAGCAACCAGAAGAAACCUUUUCUUUGGCUAUAAGAGGGCAAAGGCUGCUUAUGCACAAAAAAUUCAGGAACACCUGUCCAAUAAUGAUCCCUGGUGUAUGUGACUGGGCAUCAAGGGUAUUACUAACUUUGCAAGGAAAAAGUGUCCACUUCGUCAGUGAUCCCUCCCUCUCUCCCCUUAAACAAUUUUUAAGCUUGCUUCAAGGCAUGUAACAUAACGCCGGCCACGAAAACUACCCCCAUCCCAGGUGAGAAGCUGCUGUAACAGCGGCAGAUGUGAGGACUCCACAGAUAAUCAACCCCCAUAAGGUAGCCAGGCCAAGUACUCAAAGAGUGUGCACACCAGCUCACGAAUGUUUUUGUGGACAUCUUCAACACUUCAGUCAUCCAGGCUGCUGUUCCCACAUACUUCACGUUGGCCACCAUCAUCCCUGUACUGAAGAACUCUACAUCUUCAGAACUAAACAACUACUGCCCGCUGGCACAGACACCAGUCAUCAUGAAAUGCUUUCAACAGUUGAUAAUGGCAUAUAUCUUUAUCUUUUGUGGUUUUUCUUUGUGAUGCAUCAGAUCUGGAGUAACAAUUAUUCUGUUUUACAGUAGUGUGUAGGAAAUGGCAUUAAACAAUCUUGAAUCUUGAAAACCAACGAAUCCACCUCCAGAAUAUUCACAAUCUCUUCUGAAAUAACCUGACCUAUAGGGUUACUUGCACACUGUCAAAUAAUCUUUUAGCGCUCAUACUGUCCCGAUGCUUUGCUGGCCUCUUCAAUUACCUCUAUAGUUGGUGCUGGAUGUUCCUGCUUGGUUUUGUUCUCAGAUUUUGAUGACAGAUAAUUAGAGUAACAUGGUUUUGAUAACUUUGUUUUCUAAAAAUUAUCUUCACCUGCCAGAAGACAGCUGUGAUGGCAAGUUGGUAUGGCUACUAUAUUAUUGACUUGAGUCUUGUACAAUAGGAACUGGGUGCAAAAGUAGGGCACUGGCUCAUUCCCACAGUCGCACACAUUGCUGUUAUACAAGAUUAUCCUUUUCCUUAGAUUUCUUCCAAACUUUACAUUGGUCUGAACAUCUUCCCAGUUACUUCAGCAUUAGCAUAUGCCUCCAUAUUUAAGGGAAAAUAAAAACUUUUAACUGGAAUAGCAAAUCACUAGUAGUAAGCGGUUACCCUUGUUUUUGUCUCUAUAUUCAAUAUUUUGUGCACUUCGUGUGAUAUUUAAAUAAAAAGUAAUUAGGAAGAUGAAGAUGUUAUUUCUUCUUGCUGCAUCACCUCAAAGGUACCUGUUCACAUUCCCAUCUCAUGUCACACAUCCUUUCCCCUAAUAGAAAAGGCAAUCACUGUGCAUAGGUGGCACAGUGGCAUAGCAGGUAGAGCUGCUGCUUUGUACCAGGGUCCCCGGUUCAGUCCUGACCUUGGUUGCUGCCUGCGUGGAGAUUGCACGUUCUUCCUGUAACUGUGUAGAUUUCCUCCGGGCUCCCCUACAUCCCAAAGACGUGGGGUGGUUGGAUGGUUAAUUGGCCACUGUAAAUUCCCCCAAGUGUGUAGGUGAGUGGUGAAUCUCUGGGGAGCUGAUAAAAUGUGAGGAAAAUAAAAACAGGAUUAAUGUAGGAUUAGCGUAAUUGGUCAGUCGGGGUAAAUGAUGUGUUUGUGUGGUUACAUCUCUAUGAUAUCAUGACUCUGCAUGUCUGUAUUUAGUUAAUUCCCACAUGAACUUGCAUUCUUAGAGUUUCUGUACAGCAUGAGGUAACUUGAUUCCACUCUGCUCCUGCAGAUACUGAGGUGGCUGAAAAUGACAGUGUGGUACAGGAUUGGUUGCUGGGUGGUUUGGGUAUUUCAUCACUGUGUAACUCAGCCUCUGUGUGCUCCUUAUAAAUGGACUUGAGGUUCUCAGGUCAUCCUGCCCUUCCUUUUCCAUUUUGACUGCUCACAGGCCAGAUAUUUCCAGGAGUUGCAGUUUUUCCAAGGAAGCUCUGACAACAUCCUUGUUCACAUCCUGCACCACCUGAUAAUCUUUUCUGGAAUCUGAUGUCAGACACACGAUCGAACUGACUUAACAUAUGCAGGGCAGGAUACUGAGGAUGUGGGUCAGAGAGAAGACCACUGAUGUUGGUUUGCUUCUCGUGCCACUGGAUCUGAAAGACUUUCCAGUAACAGUUUUGGUGGUACCAAAGCCAGUUGGUAUCUACUGUAGGUAGUCAUGACACACAAGCAUUUGGAUGGACAGGCAACACAGCUGUUAUAUAGACUACGAACUUUGUGUCCGUUCUUAAGUUCUGACCUUCAACUGCUACUUUCAACCAGAUAACCAAACAUGGCGCUGACACACUGAAGGCAAAGUUAGGUUUUGUUACCACUGUCCACUUUUGGUGAAUGUUAACUCCCAAGCAUCUCAUUAUGAUCCUUUAUUUUCAACAAGAUUAAUUGUGGGACAUGUCGGUAAACACCUUUGUUUUGCAAGUGAUUCAGUGUUUGCCCGUCUUCUCAUGAUUUCAGUGAACAGUUGAUUGAUUUAGAGCUUGGCCUCUCAGUGUCUUCAUCGGCAGUUACUUCUCCUGUACUGCAGUUUGAUUAGAGGCCGCAGCAGUCUUGGUUCCCAAGAACAGCCAAUGGAAACUCAAAUGCUAUCGAAAAGCAAAGAAAUGCAGAGGCUGGAAAUCUGUUUAAAAAGAAAAAUCAAAUUGCUGGGAAUGCUCAACGGAACAGGCAGCAUUCUUAGGAAAUGAAAGAGUUAAUAUAUCAAGUUAGCGACCUUUCAUCAGAAUUACAUUGGGUAGUUCCCAUUAUUUAUUUAGAAAUACAACACAGAAAGGCCCUUCUGGUCUUCUGGCCCAGUGAGAAGCAUCGCCCAGCAACCCAUCUAUUUAACCCUAGCCUAAUCUCAGGACAAUUUACAAUGUCCAAUUAGCCUACUAACCAGUACAUCUGUGAACAGUAGGAGGAAAUCCACAUGCUCGGGGGAAGAAAUGUACAAACUAUUUACAGAAGGUGUCAGAAUUGGAUUCCGAACUCCAGUAUCCUAAGCUGUAAUAGUGUCGUGCUGACCACUACACUACCUUGGUGCCCCUUCAUUUUGCAGAUUAUUGCCCCUUUAGCUGGAAGUUUCUUGGAAGUGAGAUACAACAGGAGAGAGUUUAAGAAGUGUUGAUAAUAAUGCUGUUUAUUUGACACCGAUAGAUACUGAGAAUGGGUCUGCUGAAACCCAUUGGUUAAGAUUAUGGUUUACAUGUUGUCACAUAGCAGAUCUAAGAUGGAGACAAAUUUCUGUGGGCAGCUAAAUUUGAAAAACAAAGAAAAACUCUCCUCAUGGUAAUGUAGUGGUUAGCAUGAUGCUAUUACAGAUGGAGUCUGGAGUUCUGUUCCAACGUCCUCUAUAAGAAAUAUUGCGUGUUCUUUCCCUGUGCGUGUGGAUUUCCUCCGAGUGCUCCGGUUUCCUCCCACAGUCCAAUGACAUAUCAGUUAGUAGGUUAAUUGGUCAUUGUAAAUUGUCCCGUGAUUAGGGUAGAGUUAGAGAGGUGGGUUGCUGGGUU